UUCAUCAAACGCAUUUACCGUCGCAUUUCAGUGUAAACUAUUUGUAUGUUUAGUGAAGGUAUUGAGCGUGUGACGGUGCAGGGUGAUCGCGGGGCCAUGCGGCGAGUGCCCUGAGGACCAUGCUGGCCAACAUCGGCGUCAUCAGCCCAGCUAAUGUAGAAGCCACAGCCUACAUAAGCGCGGUAGCAGCGUUCGCAGUAGUAGUACUGGUGGUGUUACUCUUCCUGGGGCGUCGCUGGUGCUACUCCGCCGUCUUCGGCCGCAAGUGCUGCGAUGACAUCCUAGCCGUCCCGCGCGCCCCCGCCCCCUGCCUGCCGCUCGACAAUGCUCAGUUUGAUGCUUUGUCGAAACCGAAUUACCCCGAACGGGUUUUCACGUUCGAGGCAUCGGACUCGGACGACGAGCUGCGUUUGCGCAUCCAACAGGAUAAGGAAGAGGUGGAAUGCCAUUACGAAGAGAAGAACGAGAACCUGGCGCCGGCGAAGCUGGAAGUAGAGCUGGUGGAGACAGCCCUGAGAGAGACGACGACAACCCUGAGAGAGACCCGCAUUGACGACGUCGUGCCCAAGCGAGCAGACUACAUUCACACGCUCGAAGCGCAGAGCAGUGUUGACAGCGAUGUUAUUGCGCAUAACGACACGUCCCUGCUGUGUGGGGAGGGCAGCGGCGCGACGGAACGCGGCGCGGUGGAGCUGACGCUGCUGUACGACGCGCCCGUGCGCAGCAUGACCGUGCACGUGCUGCAGGCGCGCGCGCUGCCGCCGCGACCCACCGGAAACAUGCUGCAGAGCCAGGUUCGAGUUGUACUUCUGCCUUUGAAAAAGCAAAAGUUCAAAUCCAAGAUACGCAAUGGAGAGAAUCCGCAGUAUAUGGAAAGCUUCGUUUUACACAAAAUAAAUCCAGAGGACGUUCACGGCCUCGGCCUGCGCGUGCGCGUGUACGGCUGCGAGCGCAUGCGCCGUCAACGGCUGCUGGGGGAAGCCAUGGUCUCCUUUGCGACCCUCAACCUGGAGCUGGAGAACAGUUUGUGGCUGCAGCUAGCUCCGCGGCAGCACCACCAGCCGGGCUUGCAGCUCCCAAAACUGGAGCUGAACCACUCAAUAACGGGUAUCCUAGCGAGCCCGUCAUCAGUAGCUACAGUGACGCUGGCGAGCUCAGGCGCAGGUGAAGCGUGCAGCCUGGCGCGCUCGGAUUCCGCGUCCUCGUGCUGCAGCGCGCGCUCCGCCCCCGAGCUGCUGCUGGGGCUGCAGUACAACCCCAGCACCGGACACCUGUCUGUCGAAGUGAUAAAAGGCACGCACUUCCGCAAGCUGUCGCCGAACAAAGCGCCGGACACGUACGUGAAGCUGUGCCUCAUCAGCUCGCUAGGCAUGGAAAUGGGCCGCUGCAAGUCCACCACGCGCCGCGCGCAGUCCAACCCGCUCUACAAGGAGCUGUUUAUCUUCCAGGUGGCUCUGUUCCAGCUGAGCGAGGUGACGCUGAUGGUCUCGGUGUGGUGGCGGCGUAGCGUCAAACGCAACGAGAUGGUGGGCUGGUUCUCCCUGGGGCAAAGCCCCUCGGGCCGCGAGGAGGAGCGCCACUGGCAGGAGCUGUGCGAGCGCCACACUGAACAGGUGCAACGCUGGCACGUGCUGCUGGACUCCUGACGCUCGCUGACGUAGCGCGCGUAGAGCGCGGGUUGGAUCUUCCUUGCGCCGCCUGGCCGCACCUCGGUGCUUUCACGC